AUGUCGAUGGGUACCCAUGAUGAUGAUUAUGGAACGACGGAUGAAGCCAAUCAUCAGCAAGACGUUGUCGGAAUUGCAGAAAUGCAUCACGAGCAUCAACACAUCAAUUACGUAGAUGCUCCCAUGAAACAACGGAAAAAGAAAUCAUCAGAGGCUCAUACUUAUGGAUCUUUUGUUGCCUAUUGUUUUUGCGUCAAUUAUAUUUUAGGAGUUGGUGUGCUAGGCGUUCCAAAUGGUUUUCAACAGGGUGGUGUUUUAAUUGGACCUAUUUUUCUCUUUAUUGUCACUAUUUUUGCAGCAUUGGUUUUGAAUUGGAUUUUGGAAACGUUGUGUCGAGCGAAUGCCUUCAUGAAAGAACAAGAAAAACAAAAAUUGGAAGAAAAAUCAUCAUUGCUUCACCAUGAACCAUCAAGUGAGGAUGGUAACGAAACAGCUGUAGUUACUGCUUCUGUUGAUACUGACAAUAGAGUCAUCAUUGAAGAUCACACAGCUACAAGUGAGCUUUUCGAAUUUCCACAACGGAGAUAUGAAAUGAAUGAGUUGAGUCGAUUGUUUUUGGGAAGAAUUGGAAAGGUCAUUUAUGAAAUUGCAUUGUGUUGUUACUUGUAUGGCUCUCUGUGGAGUUAUUCUACAGUUUUUGCAGAGUCAAUGGCUUCACACGUUCCUUUACCAAUUAAUGGAUGGUUUACUUGCAAUGUGUAUUCAGACACUUCAUCAACUUGUGAUGCCUUGUACAAAAUUUAUGUUGGCCUCUAUGCUCUGGUAGUAGUACCAAUGACAUGCUUGAAUUUGACUGAACAAAAACCAGUUCAAAUUAUUCUCACCAUCUUUAGAUAUGUGGCUUUAGCACUCAUGAUUGGAGUGGCAUUUAUUUCCAUGUUUGUAGAUCCUUAUUCGCGCUAUCCUUCAAAUCCACAUACAGCCAUGGAGAGACAUCCUCCGUACGUGUCCGAGACAUAUCUAGCAAGAGGACAAGGAAUCUAUAUUUUGUUACCUAUUUGCAUUUAUUCUCAAAUUUUGCACCAUUCAGUCCCUGGUUUGUGUGAACCAGUGAGAAAUAAGAAGCAUUUACCUGCAAUUUUUACCUCAACUUUUGUCACAACAUAUUUAUUCUACACAAUUUUGGGUAUUGUUCUUGCUGUGUACUAUGGAGAUAAUAUUUUGGGAACAUGUUCUCUAAAUUUUGGAUAUUACAGAGGAGGAAAACCAUUUGGAAUGAGUACACCUAUUUGGGCCGAAUUAAUUGUCUAUGUGAUCAUUCUAUUUCCUGCCAUAGACGUUUUGUCAGCCUUUCCAUUGAAUGCCAUUACUCUUGGUAAUAAUAUUCACGCUGCAUUUUUCACAGGAACCAAAUGGAUGGACAGCCGAAAGAUUCAAGUUGUGUUCCGUUUGGUUGCUGCUGUUCCACCAAUUAUUGGAGCAUUAUUUGUUUCCAAUUUAGAAUUCAUUUUGAAAUAUGUUGGAUUAUUUGGGUUCCUCAUUACGUUCGUGAUACCUCCAACAUUGUUUCUGGUGUCAAAGUACAAAGCUCGCAAACAGUUUGGCACUGAGAAAACUCCAUACACCAGAUCUAUCAUCAGCUCAAACAUUUUGGCUGUAAUUUGCAUAUUAUUUGGUGUUGCCGCAAUUAUUUAUUGUAUCAUUGCAAAUAUUGUGGAGAGUGUUAUUCAAAAAUAA